AUGACGUUGCGCACCAACGCGAUCCCGGACGACUUUGCGCAUUUCCACGCUUGGUAUGGAAAAGUGCCGCAGUUCGAGCAUUUGCGGGAACAGGCGGACUUUCCAUGCACUGAUUACUGGUUCAAGCUUCGCCAGCUCGUCGAUUGCCGUUACUACAUGCAUUGGCAGUAUUCCGACUCAAAAUCCUACACCAGCGCAGCGUACUUCAAGGCACUCGAGGACAUUUCCACGUGCCGCCGGAUUGCCCGCCUACCUCUCGAGCAGAGGCCAGCGGAGGCGAAAAAUUGGUUCCUGCAGCGGCACACGAGAAAUUCCGUGUUCGACUACAAGCAGCCACCCGCACCAAUCGGGAGAUACGCGGUUGCGGGAGCGUGACCAAUGCAAAUACUACAUAAUUUUGAUGCGCUCUUCCUUUGGAUUGGUGGACGAGCACGCCACUCGUAGUGCAGCGUGAACCCUUCUGUCUCGACGAACUCUACUUGCUUUGUUCGGGAAAGAAUUGCACUAGCAAAAAUCCCCCCCCCCAGCCUACUUGGACUCUGUUUGACAAUCUGAAACUUCUCGAGCGCGAUGUUGCUUCCGGAUUUCGAGCAUAACUACUUCUGCAC